AUGUCGACUCUACUUGACAUAAAAUUAAAACGCGUAAAUAAAGUUUAUAGAGAAGGAGAUGUUGUGUCAGGUGUCGUGAUUAUACAGAGCAAAUCUGAAAUGCAACACCAAGGGAUCACCCUCACUGUAGAUGGCGCAGUCAAUCUUCAACUUAGCCCCAAAAGUGUCGGCCUGUUUGAGGCCUUUUACAACUCUGUUAAGCCAAUCACAUUACUGCAGUAUUUGGUGGAUGUAGCCAAACCAGGCAAAAUACCUGCUGGCAAGACUAAAUUGCCUUUUGAGAUUCCACUGAAGCCCAAAAUGUACCGAAUAUUAUAUGAAACAUACCAUGGUGUAUAUGUCAGCAUCCAGUAUAUCAUCAAAGCUGAAGUGAAAAGAUCCCUGCUUAGUAAAGACCUCCAAAAGAAUUGUGAAUUCAUUGUUGAAUACAAGGAACAAGAAGAACAUGCAGUGACAAAAGCAGUCCCUUUCACAAUCAGCCCCGAUACAUUAACAAAUAUUAAAGGAGGGGAAAAGCAUGUGCCUAAAUUUAAAGUUACUGGUGUCUUGGAUUCAUUAUCUGUUUGUAUCACAAAACCACUAACAGGUGAAUUGGUGGUAGAGUAUUGUGAGACCCCAAUCAAAUCAAUUGAAAUCCAGUUGGUUCGGGUGGAGACCUGUGGCUGUGCUGAAGGUUAUGCCAAGGAAGUUACUGAAAUUCAAAACAUUCAACUUGCUGAAGGAGAUGUCUGUAGGAACUUGUCAAUACCUAUCUACAUGAUCUUUCCUAGGCUCUUCACCUGUCCAACAUUGACAACUAAUAACUUUAAAAUUGAGUUUGAGAUCAACAUUGUCGUUGUUUUUCAAGAUGACUACAUGGUAACAGAAAACUUUCCCCUCAUAUUAACACGUUUUUGA